CUUUUUCUUCCUGCUCUGCCCGAUAGCGCCGCCGUCUGGGCCCCCCUCUCCUCCUACUUUUCGCCCCUCCCCCGCAACCCCUGGCGUGGCCAGCAGGCGCCCGACAUCGUGGCCAGGGCGCGCGCCAAGGCGGAGCAGCUGAUGGCAAAGGCCACCGCCGCGGCGGAGGCUGCCACGGCACAGGUCCACGCCCAAGGCGCUGGCCCCGGCGGCGCGCCGGCGGGUGCCGCGGCCACCGCCACCGCCGCGGCUAUUUUCCAUGCCGAGGAGGGCGCCGCCCCGCCGGGCGAGGGGCCGGCCGCGGAGGCGGCGGCCGUGGAGGCGGCGGCCGUGGAGGCGGGGCGCGGCGAGACGAGGUGGUUCUGAGCGCGCCUCCCGCCUCCCGCCUGCUCCUGCUCCUCCUCCUUCCCUCUCCUCUCCUCCUCCUCC